AUGGCAUCACCAACCAAUAGUGGUCAUCAGAAUACUCCAGUGACGGAACCCGCCGCCAUCAAGACCAAUACUAAGAGCUUUCGCUUUUAUGUCAUUAUAAUCACCCUAUGUUUUCUCAGUGUUCUCAGCGCCCUGGAGAAUACCGUUGUCACCACAUCUCUGCCGAGUAUAUCUAAAGAACUGGACCUGGGUAACAGCUAUGUUUGGGUAACCAAUGUUUUCUUUUUAACUGCUGCUGUUGUUCAGCCAUUAUUCGGCCAGUUGGCCAACAUUUUUGGUCGACGAUGGGUUACUAUGGGAGUAAUUGUUCUCUUUGUGUUGGGCAGUGGCUUAUGCGGUGGUGCGAAUAACGUCGCUACGCUAAUAGCUGGCCGAGCUAUUCAGGGAAUGGGAGGUGGUGGUCUCAACACGCUUCCCAAUAUCAUUGUUUCGGACCUCGUGCCGUUGAGAGAACGAGGAAAGUAUGUCGCUUGGUUUCUUACUACAUAUUUCGUGGGCAUUGCCAUUGGGCCAUGGGUUGGUGGCGCCAUUGUCGACUCCACGAGUUGGAGAUGGGUUUUCUAUAUCAAUCUCCCGAUUUGUGGUGCCUCCUUGGUCAUGGUAUUCAUUUUCCUCCAAGUCCAAUACGAUAAGGAGAUGUCAUUUAUAGAAAAACUCCGUCGCAUCGACUAUGGCGGAAAUUUCCUGCUCAUCGGCUCGUCAGUCUCCAUUCUCUUCGCCCUAACAUACGGAGGUAACUUAUACGCCUGGGGCUCGUCACACAUUAUCGUGCCUCUCGUCAUCGGAUUCGUAGGUAUUGGAGCCUUUGUUGCGUUUGAGAAUUCCAAAUGGGCCAGGGAGCCCGUCUGUCCACCCCAUCUUUUCCGCAACCGCACCUCUGCUGUGGUCAUGAUCGUGACCUUUAUCGGAUCUGCCCUUCUGUAUUGGGUCUAUUUCUUCAUGCCCGUCUAUUUCCAGGCCGUACGCAGCAGCUCCCCUUCCCUGGCCGGACUGCAAGUUCUGCCGUCUGUCAUCGUAUCUGUUCCUGCUUCUAUAUCAGCCGUGCUGCUCCUCACACGUUUUGGGAGGUACAAGCCCAUCCACCUCGCAGGCUUUGCCGCAAUCACACUAGGUCUAGGAUUAUUCAUCCUCCUCGAUCAAUCGUCCUCCACAGCGGAGUGGGUGAUCUUCCAAAUCAUCAAUUCCCUCGGCAAUGGAAUCAUCAUGAACUCCCUGCUCCCAGCCUGCCAGGCCGCGUCCCAGCGAACCGAGUCUGACCAGGCGGCUGCCACGGCUGUAUGGUCAUCUGUGCGCUCUUUCGGCAGUAUCUGGGGUGUCGUCGUACCCGCUGCAAUCUUCAGUAAUGCGUUUGGUCAGCGUGCUGGACAAAUUGCCGAUACAGCAACGAGGGACCUGAUUCUUAAGCAGUUUCAUUCUGGUAAUGCAUAUGCGGACGCGACUGCCGCAUUUAUUGGACAGCUGAAUCCAGCAACGAGGAAUGAGGUCGUGGCUGUGUAUGAGGACUCGCUGAGGUUUAUGUGGGAGAUUUCGCUAGCGCUGGCGGGUUUUUCGCUUGUCCUGAUCUUUCUGGAGAAGGAGAUCGUGUUGAAAACGGACCUAGAGACGAAGUACGGGUUGAUGGAAAAGAGUGACAUUGAGAGGAAUCAGAGGGGGAUCAGUGGAUCGACCGGCAAUAGCACUGAUGCAUGA